AUGGAUUCCAAUCGCGGGCCGCCCGCCGCUGUGAACGGUGCAGGCACUCCUACACCACCACAAGCCGUCCCAAGGAAGAAGAAGCCUGCGCCCAGCCUCUUCAAGCCCACCAACAACCAGAGAAACCGAUACCCUCUGGGUGCAGCUCCGAAGCCGAUCCCAACCUCCACUAACAGAGCGCCAAAUGGCACCGUACAGCCGAACCUCCAAGCGGCAAAGGCCUAUACGAAGGUCAACGAGCAGCAGCCUGUUCCUACAAUUAACAGCGGUCCCGUCAAGGAGUACAAGCUGGUCACCACCAAACGCGAGCUGAUAGAUGGUCUGCGAUAUCAUCUCAUGCAACUAGGCGAUAAAGUGAAAGUGGAUAUUCGCAAGGAAGAAGACUUCCCGAAGCCUGCUCGUCUGCAUCGGCGCAACCCAGACUGGAAGACCUUCACGAAAGCCACCGAAGAAGACCCUUCUGCAUCAAAAGACGCCGAGACAGAUGCUCUCAACAAGCGACGCGAAGCUCGCCAGAAGCAACGCGAGGAGAAUCUAGCGCAAAUCGCACCGUCGGCCAGCGCUAACCGGAGGAAGCUCUUCACCAAGAAGACCGCACAAGCGUACCAUAACGACUAUACCGACGAGCAGAAGCGUCGCAUGCAGAUGAACUAUGAAGAGAAGAUUCCUUGGGUCCUCGAAGACUUCGACAACAAGCACACUCUGGUUGGCAAGCACAAUCAGGGCUCCAUGGGCGUGUAUGCUGCUUUUGCUCGCGAGCAGACGACCGAUGGCGAGCGCUUCCGACUUAUACCAGUAGAGAAAUUCUACAUGUUCGACCCGCACAGCACUGUCCAGGCAGACCUGACUUGGGAACAGAUCGAGCAGCAACUGAAAAAGAACAAGAAGCUGGCAGACAUGAUGCCCGACACCAUAGCUCGAAAGGAGGAAGAACGCUCAAUGGCGGCUCGCAGAGAGAAAGAAUUCAAACAAUCUCAGAAGCUGUACGUGCACGACCGAGGUGUAAAGUUUACUCGCGAAGGAGAAGAUGCCGAUCUCGACUACGAAGAUGACUUCGCCGAUGAUGAGGAGGGCCUGGUGGGCGACAUCUUUGGUGACAAAGAUGAGGAUGAGAAGGCCGCUGAGAAAAAAAAGGACGAGCGAGAGAUCGAAGAGGAUGAGAAGAAGGAAGACCGCGCUGAGAAGCUCGUUGAACUAUAUGCCCGCGACGUGCGGAAGAAACUGGAAAAGUACGAGCGGAGGUACGAUUAUCUCAGCGGGUCUGACUCGGACGACUCGACUGAUUCAGAAGAGGAGCGACGACUCGAAGCUGAGAAGCUUGCUAAUCUCAAGAAGGACGACGACGCUGCCAAGUCCGCGCUCUCAUCUGGGGCUAACACGCCGUCGGGUCGCAAGGAAAAGCAUCCUGCGUCUGACAGGGAGAACGGCAUCAAGAAAUCAUCGUCCUCGCGAACAUUGAAGCGACCUGGAUCUCCGAAUCUGUCCGAUGCCUCUGGAACUGAUGCCUCCACUAUGCGAAAGAAGAAGAAGAAGUCUCAUCAUGCUUCCUCUCGACAGCCUACUCCCGGAGGAUCGAGACCCAUGUCUCCUGAUGGCGUGCGACGUGGAGCUGGAUCUGACACCGACGGCGGCGCGAUGUCUGACGGAACGAGACUCAAGCUCAAGCUCAAGAGACCCGGCAGUCCAAGUGCCACCAAUUCGCCCCCCAGAUCCCGCGCCGGCUCACCUGGUCCUAGGUAUCGCAACUUGGACAUGGGCGUCGACCCGUUCCCUGCUCCAGAGGAAUUCGAGGCUCGCAUCCCCGUUGAAGGUCUUCCUACAAAGGAGUUUCUUAUCAUGUACAAGAUGCCCAUCGAGAAGGAAAAGAAAAAGGAGUGGAGCGGGUAUAUGCAGAAGUAUCUCAAAGGAACCAACGGUCGCAUCUAUACGCGAAGAAAGCUGGCCAGCUCAGGUGGUCUCCCGCCGGCCACUGUCGCGCCGGCUGAGCAAAGCACAACGGGAUAG